AAAAAGCAACUAGCAUUUUCAGGUCGGAGGAUGAAUCUUCAUUCUAAUGCUUCUGAUCAGGUCUAUUUCUUCAUCCUCUACAUUGACGGACAAAGUUACCUGAUAAAUGUUGAAGGUUCACCAUGGGACAACAAAGGCUUAUUGCAGAGUCAAGAAUUAUAUCGAUAUGUUUUGGAGACUAGUGUUUACCCUCGAGAACCAGAGCCUCUCAAAGAAAUCAGGCCUAUAACUGCAAAUCUCCCUGAUUUUUACAUGGGAACAACACCUGAUUCAGGUCAAUUGAUAGCGAUGUUGUUGAAUCUAUUAAACGCCAAAAACACAAUUGAACUCGGAGUGUUCACAGGAUAUUCUCUGCUUCUCACUGCUCUUACAAUUCCUGAUGAUGGCAAGAUUCUAGCAAUUGACUCGAAUCUCGAGUCUUAUGAACUAGGCCUGCCAGUCAUUCGAAAAGCUGGUGUUGAGCAUAAGAUCAAUUUCAAACACUCUCCAGCUUUACCUGUUCUUGACAAACUCCUGGAAGACGAUAAAAACAGAGGUAGUUUUGAUUUUGCAUUUGUGGACGCGGAUAAAACUAAUUACGGAAACUAUCACGAGAGACUAAUGAAGAUGAUGAAAAUUGGGGGUUUGAUAGUGUAUGAUAAUACACUAUGGUAUGGAACACUUGCGAUGCCAGAGGAAAGCGUUCACAAGUUGAUGAGAUCAGAAAGAAGUUACUUACUUGAGUUCAACAAAUUCCUUGCUGCAGAUACCCGAAUUCAAAUUUCUCAAGUUUCGUUAGGUGAUGGAAUGACCAUCUGCAGGAGACUCUUUUGACUG